AUGGCACACUCCACGGAAAGUCGGGAAAGCAACCACCGGACAACAACUAUCAGACCAGCCAGCCUCGCUGAUGCCACAGCAAUCGCCGAACUUGGCGUGCACGUCUUUUCGGUCACGUUUGGCCAUUCAGUAGAGCCGCACGAACUCCAAGCGUUCCUCGACGAGUCUUACAGCCUCAGUGCGAUUAGCAAGGAUCUCAACAACCCUAACAAAGACACCAUUAUAGCCACCGAUUCGAACGGUGAUAUUCUGGGCUUUGCGAUGCUCACACGGGGCUCAUCAGAACCGUGCGUGGCCCACCUUGAUGGAAGCGUCGAGCUGCAGCGGAUAUACCUGUAUCCCAAGGCCCACGGCACAGGCGCUGGCAAGCUCUUGGCGGGUAGAUUGGAGGAGAUGGCUAGGGACCAGGGAUAUGAAUACAUUUGGUUGGGUGUCUGGGAAGAAAAUUUUCGGGCGAAGAAGGCGUAUGAGAAAUGGGGAUACAAGACAUGCGGUACUCAUGAUUUUGUUGUUGGUUCUGUGGUUCAAACGGAUGACAUCAUGGUGAAGAAGCUUUGA